AUGGAUAAAUGGACUGUCAUUGAAAAGCAAUUAAAACAAGAAAGAGACAAUUUUAGUAGAUCAUUUAAAUGUGUUUAUAGAAACACUACAGUUAAAAUAGAAACUGUAAAAAAGCAUUUAAUUAUCUUGGUAGACAGUUUAGAAAAAGUUAGAACAAUUGUCAGGGUAUACAAUACAAAAUUGACAAAAGAUCAUGACAACUUUGCAAGGUCAGUAUAUUGGGAGCUUAGGGAUAAACUACUAAAAGUUUACUCUAAAUAUAAUAUAGAAGAGAAUAUCCCACACUGUUUAGACAACCCGAUACGAAUUGAUAUCAACAAAUUAUUCGUAGCGGAGUUAUCAGAGUUAAAAGAAUUAGUUGUUUUGCCUCCUAUAUCUGAAAAUAUUACCGAUACAGUCAUGUCGCAGACUAUGAUUGAGUUUUUAAAUACAGCAGCCAGACUCAUACCUGAGUUUGAUGGCAAAGCUGAAAAUCUCAGAACUUUCAUAGAUGCAUUGCGACUAGUUCAGUCAUUAAUGUCUUCACAUGAGGCAACAGCCGUUAACUUGAUUAAAACCAAGUUGAAGGGUACUGCCAGAAACUUAAUUACUAAUGAACUGACUGUAGAAGCGAUAAUACAUAAACUUAAAUCAUCCGUAAAUGGUGAAUCAACGGAAGUAAUAAACGCGAAGAUGAUGAAUGUAAGGCAGAACAGCAAGUCAGCCAAUGCAUAUACAAAAGAGAUUGAGGAGCUUACGAAAUCUCUGGAAAAUGCUUACAUUUCGGAUGGAUGUACACCCGAACUAGCGUCAAAAUAUGCAACCCAAACAGCGGUAAAGGCAAUGACGAAGAACUGCACCAUUGAUAAAGUCAAAUUAAUAAUGGAAGCAGGACAGUUUAAUACUUUGGAUGAAGCAGUGUCAAAAUUUGUAAAUAGCUGUACGGAAUCUACAGGCAGCACAAAUACAAUAUUAUUUACAAGAAACAGAGGAUAUCGCGGAAGUCGCGGAUAUUAUCGUGGACGUAGUAAUUCCCGAAGAGCUAAUACCAACUACAACAACUAUAACAGCAACAACGGAAAUAACUUCAAUAGGAGAUAUAAUAAUAAUUAUCGUAGUAGAGGUGUCAGUAAUUCCUUUAAUAAUAGAAAUAAUGAUGGAAGGAAUGCUAGAAUGACCCUUACGGAAAACGAGGUAACCCCCGAUACUCAAUAG